AUGUGGAGGAAAGCAGUUGGAAGCUACUUUGGCGGUAAGGCUGAAACCAAGGAAGACGAGGACGCACCUGCGGAUGCAGAUAAACCAAAUGAUGAAGCAGCAGACGCAAACCCCAGGGAAGAAGUAAAGGAGGAAGCCAAAGAGGAACCGAAUGAGGAGGAGGUUCCCAAACCAAGUACAACUCGAAGGGGAAGGCCUUCCACAAAGAAAGGGGCCAAGGACCAGGCUAGCAAGGGUGAAAAAGGGGCAUCGGAAAAUAAGGAGGCGCCUGACAAAAAAAGCAAAGGUGGCACCGGUGAUACAAGUAAUGUUGGCGGAAGUGAAGCAAACGAGGGGGACGCAGGCGAGAAGGCCGAUGAACCCAAAAGUGUGAAAAAGAAAAGAAACAAUAAAAAGGAGGAGGAGUCACCAUCGAAACAAUCAAAACAACUGCAACGGGAAUCGGUGCAUGAUGAAAAAGACGACGUGGACGAGGCACAUAAGAAAGGACGCAGUGAAUUGGGAGAAAAAAAGAACGAGCCUACUGAAAAGGAAAGCUCAGGCGGAAACAACCCGUCAGACGAAAAAAAGGCAAAAGAGAAAAGUAGAGAAAAGGCAAGCAGUGACCUACAGGAAAAGAUGAAAAUAAUUAAGGAGAAGCUCAAGUCGAGUGAGCGCAGUCAGGGGGCAAGCAUAGAAAAGGACCAGAACAAAGAGGAGGUGCGCAGCAAAAGAAAGCACAAGGAUGUGCCAUCAAGCAGCGAAGAAGCCCACUCUUCUAAAAGGAAAAGGCGAAGCGGAGAAAGGGGCGUAGAAGAGAAAGGUGAAAAUGUAAGUAGGCACCGACAUAGGAGCAGAGAAAGAGAGAGAAGUGAAGAUGGAGAUAGAGACAGAGAGGGGGAGAGAAGCUUAGAAAGAGUUCGAAGUAAGGAACUGGCCAGGAGCAGAGGCAGGCACCGAAGCAGAAGUAGACAUCGUAGCAGAAGCAGGGGAAGACACCGCAGUAGAAGCAGAAGCAGAGGAAGACAUAGAAGUAGACAUAGAAGCAGACACAGAAGAGAUAGGAGCAAAAGAUUAAGUGACAGUGAUAGCGACAGCAGCAGUGAUGAAAGACAUCACCGCCACCACCACAAGUCAAGAAGAAGAAGAAAAAGGAGUUCCAGAAAUAGUAGUGAUAGAGAGCAUUCUAGUGGAAGCACAGGAAGCAGGAAUCGAUAUGACAGGAAAGACAGAUCAUCUUCUAGCGAUAGAAGAAGUAAAGAAGUUAGGAAAAAAAAAAAGUCCAAAUGGGACACUGUAGAUGAAAAUUUAUUGAAAAACCAUUUGCUAGAUAACAGUGCCAAUGGACUACUGCAGCAGCAGAGUUUAGCACUAGCUAAUGGUUUGGGGGCAAAUAACAAAGUGACCCCAUUAGGUAGAAAUCCCUACGAAGUGGAAGGAGAUAAAAAGCAAAGAAAAUUAUACAUUGGUAAUAUUCCUCCCAAUUCGAAGCAGGAAGAGUUAAUAGAUUUUUUCAACAACACAUUAGCAUCAAUUAUAAAAGAUUCCAGUUUGGAAAUAAAAAUAGGAGACAUUGUAUUGUUGCCUAUAUUGAAGUGUGAAAUAUUUAACGUGGAAUCUAGGUUUUGUUUUCUAGAAUUUAGAAGCCUUGAAAUUACAUGGCUUUGUCUAAGGCUAGAUGCCAUUACGUUUAAUAAUUAUGCCUUACGGAUAGCUAGACCACAUGAUUUCGUUCCACCCCCAGGAGGGGACCCAGCACUGACUGUCGUAUUUACAGAUAUCCAGCACGAAGUAUUCGAAAUGGUGAAACCCAUAAAAAUCGCUCCAGUAAGAAGCACAGGAGAUGAUGACAACAAAUUAUAUAUACAGAAUUUGCCCCACGAUUUGGGAGAUGUUCAGAUAAGAGACCUGCUAGCGCAGUUUGGGAAACUAAAAGGAUUUAAUGUUAUAAAAGAUCAAAGUACUGGAUUGAAUAAAGGUUAUGGCUUCUUUGAAUAUGAAGAUCCUAACUGCACACCUAUUGCCAUGCACGCUUUGAAUGGCUUCGUCUGUGGGCAGAAUAUACUUAGCGUAAAAAAAGCUACUUUCGGAAAAAGCCAAAAUAGUACGCAAAAUGCGAACACCAUAAGUUUAGGAUCUGGUAGUGUCGAUUUGCCAGUGUCACUUUUGCCAAAUUCCAUUUCGCAAAAAAUUCUGAGCAAUUCCAUUAUAGGAUUGCAAAUUCAGGCCUCCAGAAAAAUUGGGGAAAAAUCCUCCCGAGUGGUUCAACUUACCAAUGCUGUUUUUCAGGAGGAUUUACUUAUCGAUAGUCAGUAUGAGGAAAUAUUAAGGGAUAUUAAAGAAGAAGCUGAAAAAUAUGGACCCCUUCAAAACAUUGUAAUUCCCAAACCAAAUAAGGAUUUGUCCUACACGGAAGGCGUCGGCAAAAUUUUCCUUCAUUACGCAGAUGAAACUACGGCAAGGAAGGCCCAGUACAUGUUUAAUGGUAGACUGUUUGAGAAGAGAGUGGUGUGCGCUGCGUUCUACUCGGAGGAGAAGUUCCUGGCGGGGAAAUACGUCCUCUCAUAG